CGUUUCGAAGUUGAAGACGGACAUAGUAAAGGUACAUAUCAUGGAACCUCUACAGCACGAAAUCAUCGACCAUCUGACACAGGAUCUCGAUAUUCCGGUUGGUGUCAUCGCGCGGUACAAGCGUGAUCAUCCAAUGGUUAAAAAUAUCGACCCUGUCACUAUAGAGGCAUGCGAUGUGAACGGGAGUCUUUCGGUUCUAGUUAACGCAGGUGCAUUCCAGGACGCGCUGACAAGCUUGACCUUUGCCGAGAACAUGCCACUCUUGGGUAGUUCGGCAAAUUUAUCGGGCACAUGGACGAAAUAUCGGGUGAAUGGUAUCAAUAAGGAGCUAAUCGACAUCGCGGAUAUCGUAAUCGGGCUGCUAAAGUGGUGGAUUCAUGGCCGGAGUUCCACGCUGCUGGAUUUCAGUGGCCCUUCCGUGGAGGUAAUCAGAGUUGGUGCUUGCUACGACGUAAUCAGGGACGUACUCAAGCGUCGAAACAUUGAGCUUCCACCAGACCCGGGAAUGGAGUCACUGAGGUUUGGAAAUCUGAGGAAUCUGGAUCCAGUCAAGUCAUUACAGGACUUGAUUACCCCUAUUCAAAACCAGUAA